CCUUCCAAUCCGACUGAGGGGGGGUCUGUGGUAAAGUGGCGUAUCGUCUCUCCCUGCGUUUCCUUUCCUCGCCGUUUACAUGUGGAGGAGAGAUACAGAGGGGGGGGGGGCAAAAAAAAGAUAAGGCAUCCUCAACGGUGCUCCCGUUUUGGAUGAGGGGCAUGCACAUUGAGGCAGGAUCCGCAGAGAUGGACGAAUGAGGGAUUUUUAACAUCAAACAUGGACACUACAGGCUCCCCCCGAUGACUGUGCUCUUGUCUCUGGCACUGUGAGGAUAUCUGCCUUGUGGACACAAUUUAGGAUCCACAACCCUCCUUUAUCCUUCUCUUCCCCAUAACCUAACUCCCUUCCUCUACCCUUGCCAAUCCAAGCCACCCACAACAGGGCAUUUCUGUAGCAACCUCUUCUUUUUGUAAAACAAGAGAGCGCAUAAACAUUCCUAUCAAUUAACAUGUUCGUUAGAACUUUGUGAUGGUAGACAAGUGAGCAUAGAGUGCGGAAACACAAAGGCAAUAAACACAUGAAGAUGUAGAUAAAGACACGAAUAAAGGGAUAUUUUUGGAAAACUGAAGAUGUAAACAUUUAUAUUUUGUACAUCAAACUUUUAGUACUAGCUCAUAAAAACCUGGGGCACGACGACAAACACUUUGCACGUACAAUCCCUCUUUUUAGUUUCAAACAUUAACUCCACUCACGCGCCACGGUCUCAUGAUGAUGUGCGAGGUGAUGCCCACCAUUUCUGAGGAUGGGCGAAGCGGCACCGGUGGAGGCCCCUCUUCACCUGCAGGAGCUGGGGUCGGAGGCCCAGGAGGUGCCAUGGGCGGAGGAGGGUUCAGCGGCAGAGAGCCCAGAGGUGGAGGCGAUGAAGGAGGCAGCACGGGGAACCUCGAGUCUCUCAUGGUCAACAUGCUCACAGAGAGGGAGCGGCUGCUGGAGAACCUGAGGGAGACACAGGACACCCUGGGCACAGCUCAGCUCCGCCUGCGUGAGCUGGGCCACGAAAAAGAGUCGCUUCAGAGGCAGCUAUCCAUUGCUUUGCCACAGGAGUUUGCUGUGUUGACUAAAGAACUGAACGUUUGCCGGGAGCAGCUUCUAGAGAGGGAGGAAGAAAUUGCAGAGCUCAAGGCGGAGAGAAACAACACACGUCUGCUCCUGGAACACCUGGAGUGUCUAGUGUCUCGCCAUGAGCGCAGCUUGAGGAUGACAGUGGUGAAGAGGCAAGUCCAGUCCCCUGCAGGAGUUUCUAGUGAGGUGGAAGUUCUUAAGGCUCUCAAAUCCCUGUUUGAGCACCACAAAGCUCUGGAUGAGAAGGUUCGAGAGAGGCUCCGUGUGGCCCUCGAGAGGGUAUCCUUGUUAGAGGAUCAACUUGCAGCAUCUUCUCAAGAGGUAAUCUCUUUAAGAGACCAAAUUAAAAGACGUCAACAAGGGGUGGACGGCGGGAAAGAUCGGCUACCUAAUGGGCCCUCAUCUGGCCUUGAGGAUGGGGAGCUGGAAAGGCAGAGAGAAGGGGAAAUAGAGCGACAGAGGGUUGAACUCUCACAGCUGCGAGAAAGGCUGGCCCUUAUGUGCCGGCAGGUUGGGGAAAUAGAGGAACAGCUUGCAGCCGCCAGGAGGGAGGUGACGAAGUCAGAGGAGGCCAAUCAGAAGCUCCAAAGGGAAGUGAAGGAGGCUCUUUGCCAAAGAGAAGACAUGGAGGAACGAAUUACAACACUAGAAAGGAGGUAUCUCAGUGCCCAGAGGGAGGCGACCUCCCUCCAUGACAUCAAAGACAAGUUGGAAAAUGAGCUGGCUAGCAAGGACUCCCUGUACAGACAAGGUGAAGAGAAGAACAGACAGUUGCAGGAACGUCUGGACGAGGCUAAGCAGAAACUCCAGCAGACCCUGCAGAGGGCUGAGACAUUGCCUGAAAUCGAGGCCCAGCUUGCACAAAGAGUGGCUGCCCUCAACAAGGCAGAGGAGCGCCAUGGAAACUUUGAAGAGAGGCUACGGCAAAUGGAGGCCCAACUGGAGGAGAAGAACCAAGAGCUUCAAAGGGCAAGGCAGAGAGAGAAGAUGAAUGACGAACACAACAAACGCCUCUCAGAUACAGUGGACAAGCUUCUGUCGGAGUCCAAUGAGAGACUUCAGCUCCACCUCAAAGAGAGAAUGGCAGCACUAGAGGAGAAGAAUGCUCUUUCUGAGGAGCUGUCAAAUAUGAAGAAAAUCCAAGAUGAUCUACUUGCUAAUAAGGAGCAGCUAAUCGCUGAGCUUGAGCGAGUCCAGCUGGAGCUGGAUCAGCUCAGAGGCAGGCCUGGCUCUUCAUAUUCCAGGGCGGGCAGCGUGAGCUCACUUCCCUCCACCCUAUUUCGAAGAUCUCUCCCAGGGAGUGCCUCAGAGCUGCGGUACCCUCAGGGUAGCGGCUCGCUCCCUGCAGGCUACGGCAGCUCAUCCAGUGGGGUUGUGGUCAGGCGGGCACACCGGGGCCGCUGGGGGCCUGCUCGGGACGACGGCAACAAGUAUGGAGAGUGGGACAGCGGCACUAUGCUGGCUCCAGGGUACGAGGGCGGCAUGGAGGGAGGCGGCUCUGAUGACGAGGAUGACAGGGAGACUCUGUUUGGAUCCGAGUUACUUUCUCCCAGUGGACAGACAGAUGUACAGACUUUGGCCAUCAUGCUACAGGAGCAACUGGAGGCCAUUAACAAGGAAAUUAAGCUGAUUCAGGAGGAGAAGGAGAGCACAGAAAUGAGGGCAGAGGAGAUAGAGAGUCGGGUUAGCAGCGUAGCCCUUGAUGCCCCACCUCUUCCACCCUCUUCACUGGGAGGACGGGACAGCAUUGGGAGGGGAUAUAUGACUCCCUCCAUCACCUCCUCUACACUGGCCUCUCCCUCGCCACCCAGCUCUGGACAUUCCACCCCCCACCUGCCUCACUCACCUGCGCGGGAGAGUGAUAGACAGAACAGCAAAGAUGGAGAGGAAUGCAGAGCACUUGCACUUAUUGAUUCCAACCCUCCGGCUGUUCCUCGGGCUCUACGGUUGGACAGAAUGACACACACCCACCCAGGGGCCGGCCUCGACGACCACCGUGAAUUUCGCAGCCUUUCUGCUGAUGGUGCUACCACAGCCAGCCAGGAUUCCCUCCACAAAGCCAGCAAAAAGAAAAGCAUUAAGUCCUCUAUUGGACGUCUCUUUGGCAAAAAAGAAAAGGGAAGAAUCGGUGCACCUGGACGUGAAUCUGCCUCAUUAGCCUCCACUCCCUCUGAUGACCUGGGCUCAGCUGACCCGUUAGGCUUAGCUAAAAUUGGGACUGGUACAGUGGAAAAAGAUCGGCGCAGCAAAAAGAAGCAUGACUUGUUGGAGGAAGCAUGUCGUCAGGGUCUGCCUUUUGCCUCUUGGGAUGGCCCCACAGUAGUCACAUGGCUGGAGCUGUGGGUAGGGAUGCCUGCAUGGUAUGUAGCAGCCUGCCGUGCUAACGUCAAGAGUGGCGCCAUUAUGGCCAACCUGUCCGACACAGAGAUUCAGAGGGAGAUUGGUAUCAGCAACCCUUUGCACAGGCUCAAACUCCGCCUGGCCAUCCAGGAAAUGGUGUCCCUCACGAGUCCGUCCGCGCCCGCAAGCACUCGCUCUUCUACCAGUAAUAUAUGGAUGACACAUGCGGAGAUGGAGUCUCUCACUGCUGCCACCAAACCAGAGCAGAAAGAGUUCAGCUGGGAUCAGAUCCUGGCCUACGGAGACAUGAACCACGAGUGGGUGGGAAAUGAAUGGCUGCCCAGUCUCGGUUUGCCCCAGUACCGCUCAUAUUUCAUGGAGUCGCUGGUAGAUGCUCGCAUGCUUGAUCACCUCACUAAGAAAGAACUGAGAGGCCAGCUGAAGAUGGUGGACAGUUUCCACAGGGUGAGUCUUCACUAUGGUAUCAUGUGCUUAAAGCGUUUGAACUAUGACAGGAAGGAGCUUGAGAGAAGGAGGGAUGAAAGUCAGCACCAGAAUCAAGAUGUUAUGGUGUGGUCCAAUGAGCGCGUCAUGUGCUGGGUACAGUCCAUUGGUCUUAAAGAGUUUGCAGACAACCUGUUAGAAAGCGGUGUCCACGGAGCUUUGCUGGCGCUAGACGACACUUUCGACUAUACUGACUUAGCCCUGCUUCUUCAGAUACCAAACCAGAACACACAGGCAAGGCAGGUCUUAGAGAAGGAAUACAAUGCUCUCAUCUCCAUGGGAACAGAAAGGAGGCCUGAUGAGCAGGAUGGCACAAAAACAUUUACACGGUCACCAUCAUGGAGGAAGAUGUUCCGAGAGAAGGACCUCCGUGGUGUGACCUCUGAUUCCUCAGAAACAUUACCUGCUAACUUCCGUGCCUCCGCCAUCUCAACUCCGUCUGUCACAUUAAGAAAAGUCCAGAGUGAAGUAAACUCUGGUCCACGAGGAGAGUCGGGGUCCGUGAGAACAUAUUCCUGCUAAAGAUAAGCACACCAGACCUAACCCGAGAAAAAAAAACGACACAUUUUUGAAAAAAAAAACAUGAGGAAUAAAAUCCAAAAACAGACUUUAGAAGAUGACCACCAUUCGAGCCAUGUGUCCCAAAAUAAUCAGACCCUGAGUGAAUGGUUUCUGAAAAUAUGGUCAAAUAAUGAGUGAAUGUCUGUUUAUCCAUUAUUUUCUCUUUCUAUCUCUCUGUCUCUUUCUCCCCAUCUUGAUCCAUAGUUGUGGCAUGAUGCUGUUUGAUUCUGUAGAAAGUGGCCUGUAGAAAAUGACCAUUGCCUAUUGUGAAUUCAUUGUUGGUUUCUGAGUGUGAAAUGGCAAUAUGGACACAAUUGAUUUAUCAUUUUUAAACUGGAAAAUGUAUUCGUAAUCAGAUCAAGAGAGUGACACACUGCAUUUCAGCUAGUAGGACUCUGAGAACAUACUCUGCCUAAACACGUCCCAAUACAGGACAGUCUGCAGAGAGCAAGCGUCAAGUGGAGAAUGCUGGUGUCCAGUGGGGAAAUUAAAUGUAUGUUCUAAAGCCAUAACAUAGAAAAGAUGCACAAAUGUGAAUAGGACCGAUGACGACACAGUUGGCAAAGUGCUUUAUGACAAAUUCCUGUUCAAACUGGGGUAAAAAAAAGAGUUUAGUUAGGGAGCAUUUGUGUUAAUAUGCAUGCCAAAAACAACCAUUUUAGAGUGAACGUCAUGAUAUCAGCCAUCUAAUGAUGUGAAAGCUUAUGUGAAAGCUUGGGUCAGGGCGUUGUAAAAUGUGUGUAUUUUAUUUUUAUCAUUUUUUUAUGAUAACUGCUAUUGUAUGUAUGUAUGUACAGUAUGUAUGUGUGUGUAUUAAACUGUAUGUUCAUUUCAUACAUAGUUUUAAGACUGACUGUAAUUUCAUUUGAGGUUGACAAAGGAAAUAUGUUUCAAAUUAUGGACAUUUAAGAUAUGCUACUUGUAUGUGUACAUUUUGAAAAACAAAUUGUGUUAUGAUUUCAAUUAAUAUUAUUGGAGAGUAGUGAUGAUAAUUGAAUAUCAUAUGACAACAAUAAUAAUUAUGAUUGUAAAAGCUGUAAUUAAAAAAACAUACCUGUAACAUGGGAGUGAAGGAGUGAUUUUGCAAGUUCGUGGCAGACUGACAGGAUGGUGACACAGGUAAGUAAAAGUAACUUUAUUAAACUAUUGGUGGAGUUGUAAAAAAAAAAAAAAAAGAAACACAGAAUUAACAUUGCUGAAUGUUAAGGUCACUGAUUGUGAUGAUCACUCUUAUACUCUUUUGUGCAAAGUCAAACUUUCAGCAUCAGAAUUAAUUUCAAAUCCCAAAUAUUGAUCUAUAACAUUUUGUGAAACAGGCUAAAUUAAAAUAACCUCGUUUAAGUAUGUAAUUUUGAAAGGUGCCCAAUUCCAUAUUCAUAAAGCUAGUUGUGUUGCCUAUUUAUUAACACUCAAUACAAACCAGUACAUAGGUAACAUGUACAAAUCUAAGGCAAGGAUCUUCACCAUUUCAGCAAGGCAAUGCAGAACCACAAUGUUCUGCUUUCUAAUGUCAACCUGCCAGCAACCUGUCACUCACUGAAAAAGUUCUAUGUAAUCAGAAUAAGUGCACCGCAUUGAAAACAUGUUGCGUAUCAGAAAUCCUAUAAGAACUAGAAAAGGGACAAUAUUUUCCUUUUAACAUUACAUCAAAUAACCCAGGUAACUCAUAAAUAAUUAGAUGGAGAGAGCUUGUGUGCGUGUGUGAGUCAUGAAAGAGGUGGAGAUGAAAUCUGAAAAAUUUCUCAUUGAUGACGGGCAGUGUUUCCAAACUGGCGACUUUACAGUCUGACGUAGAGCCUCUUUCCGGUGACUGAACAGCUGCAGUCCCGUAAACACUCCAUGUACUUGUAAAUCAGUUUCUCCCACUCCUUCCUUCUUCUUCUUCUCUCUUAAACCUCCAUAAGUCAAAAUAAGAUAAACACUAUAAAAUCCAAAACAGACUUUGUCACCUCCACUCUUGAUUAUUUGCCGUCGUUUAUGCUGCAAAUGACGCAGGGAAGCUGCCUUUGUGUUGCAUCUUCUGUCUGUGGGGAAAUUUGUUUUAUUUUUCCAAGCUGAGGACAGAAUGGAAAGCACGCACGGUUACUGUAAACGGCGUUGCGUGCACAGGUCAAAGUAUCAUUGCAGAGGGCGGGGAUUGGGUGGAGUUACUCAGAGGCAUCUUGUGUAUUAAACAUUUUAAACUAAACAAUGACAGUGCAAUAUUCAGAUAUGCUGCAUAUGUUGGGAAUAUUGCUUUAAUUAAACUGAACUAUAAGUAAAAACAUUGAAAUAUAUCCAAUUAAGAAAACAUGUAAAACGUUAAAAGCUAAAAUAAACAGAAUGGGUUAAACACUGGAAAUCCCUGUGCCACAUAAAACUGAUACAGUUACACUGGUACACAUGUAGGGAUUCAGAAGAAUUUCUUACAAUUCCGAAGAACUGGGAGUCAAAAAACACAAGUUUAUGAGCAUCUCUGAUUAUAAACAACACUGAGAUACUCUUCAAUAGUGAGACAACACAGGUCUUCCUCUAAACCCCUCAAUCACUGUUGAGGGUUUAGAGAAAUGCCUGACUCAUACUUCUCAUGAAGAAGGACCUCCUUCUCCUCGCUUCUUUCGCUCAUUUAUAAGACAGCCAAACUUCCUCCAGUUCAGAAGUUGGUUGUCUGGCGCAGUGUAUUUUUAUAUUUAUUUUUAUUUAUUGAAUUUUGUAUUAUUUUGGUGACCUAUUUAUUUGUAUUUAUUCUUUAUUUAUUUAUGCCGUAUCUGCCUUCGAAGAUGUUUGCGUUUUCUAAGAAUUUUUUUCCUUUCCUCUCUUCUGUUUUUUUAAUUAUUCCACUACCUUUUUCGCUAUCGUUUUUUCUCCCUGACUCAAACCCAAUUUUGUCCUUUGACAACCAGGUCAGAGAGGUGCAUCUCUAUACUGGUAAAUAUAAUUUUCUUUUUAUUCCAUUUUUUGUCCUUUCAAUCAGUGAUUACUUUAAAAAAGGGAAUACUGAUGAGAUUUAUGUUAGUCCUAAAACUUUCACAAUUCUAACUUUUUCUCUCUGCGAUUCUUAUUGCAGAAAAUCACAGACGUGGGAUGUAUCUCCAGAUAAGCUCUGAUGGAGGAGUGAGAGGAAGUCUUGUGAAGACACCUUACAGUGUGCUUCAGUUAAAAUCCGUUAAACCAGGUCAUGUUGUCAUUAAAGGACGGUCAUCAUCCCUGUUUCUCUGCAUUAAUGAUGGGGGUCAUUUGAGGGGGCAGGGUGUAUAUGAGGAGUCUGACUGCUCAUUCAGAGAGCUGCUGCUGGCUGAUGGAUACACACGUUUCCUUUCCUCUCACCAUGGAAUUCCAGUGUCACUGACAUCCAGAAAUUCCCCGGAUCGGCACAGUGUCCCUUUUACUCGAUUCCUACCACUCAGAAAUACAUUAACAGUAGACAGUGUGUCGGAUCAGCCACCACACUCUGAGAGACAGUUUGACGUGGACUCUCAUGACCUUUUUGGUAUGGGUUUAAAUCACAUGGGCAGUCCUCACUCGUUAAUAGACAAGUAAAAUACUGCACCGCAUAGCGCUCAGAUCUGUUUAUGUAGGUGUAAGUCUCCUUUAGUGAAGGCCACAGGUUUGAUUUCAUAAUGAAACAAUCUCCUCAACGUUUCAUCUCUUCAGUUCUCAAAAUGUGUCUAUGAGAGAAAAGAAAGAACUUAUUUAUUCAAUUUAUUAAUUUACUUUGUGUGCUGUGUAUUGAUAUAACUUAUUUUAAGAUGGAGAGAAUGUUUGUCUGUGAAGAAAAAAUCAUUUGACCAACUUACUCAUGAAGCUUUUGGUCUAUCUCUGAUUUUUUUUUUAAUGCUGAAAACUCCAAUGAGCCAAA